AUGGCAAAGAAAAAAGCGUCGGGGUUUACGAGCGACAGCAAGCUUUGUUGCCCAAAAUAUGAGAAAUAUAUUCCUGUUGGAACAGGCGGCAAAGCAAAUCUGCAGCGCGCAGCGAGACGGAGGUGCAGCAAGAUGUCGCUAUGCGUGACGUGA